UUGUUUUGUUAUCAGAAUUAUAAUUUUUUGAUUUAAGUGUUGUUUUAAAAAAUUUUCAAAAACUUUAGUUUUUGUAGUCAAAACAUAAAUAGAAUUUAUUUAAAAAAUCCAAAUCAUUCAAAUUGUUUAACAAUUUUUGUUAGUAAUUAUAAGUAAAAGUAAAUGCAUUCAAAAUACUGUAAAGCUUAAUUGGUUCAUGGCUAAAAAAAUAAAAAAUAAUGAUAACUUGAAAUAGGUAUAACCUACAUUUAAAAAUAGAAUAAAGGACAAUGGAACAAUAUAAAAAUUUACUGCAGAGUAUCUCAUCAGUUUUUAAUGAAACCGCUGGCAAUAAAAAUUGCGAUAUUGAUAUAAAUAAUGAUAGAACUUUAAAAUGGAAAACCUUGCAUCAUAAUCAGUAUGCCUCAAAAAAAGAUGGAAAAAAAAUGAAAAGUUCUGCAAAUAACGAGUUCGUUACAGCUAAUAUUAAUGAUGCACUCAAAACAGAAGGCAAUAUAGACAUUAAACAGGAAAAUUAUGAAGAUGAGUCUUGGGAUUCAAACUCUUCCACAUCAGUUGAUUUUAAAAAAAAACAUAAACGUGAGAAGAAAAUUGAAAGCAGAGACAAAAAGUUUUUGAGAAAGUCAAACCGAAAACGAAAAUCAUCUAAUUUUCAAAAAGUUUCAGAACUUCGAUUAAGAUCAGUAACUCAUCGUAAUAAAAAACAAGAUAAAAUAGUUUCAUCCACUAGUAUUAUGAAUAAUAAUAUUGUUCUAAGUUCACCUCAGUCAGAUGAAGAAGUUUUCCAUUCAUUUGGUAAAACGAUAGCUUUGCAGUUAAAAGAGUUAAAUAAAUUUAGUAAAAUAGAAGCUCACAAGACAAUUCAAGAAAUCCAAAAUCUCGUAGCCACACGAAUAGUAAAAAUUUUAGCACAAGUAGAAGAUCAAUCAAUUAAUAACUCAUCAAAACCCUAGUUCUACACGAUUUUUUUUUUUAAAUAUUUUGUUAUGUUUUAACAAAUACCAAAGAAUGUCUUACAUAUUUUAAUGUAAUUAAAAUUAUCAAAUGUGUCUUGCAAAAGUGUUAUGUGAAAAACCAUUGGUUAAAAAAUAAAAUUUUUAAAUUAUAUGGA